AUGUCGUCAGAAACGAGCGAGACCGGUAAGGCGGGCGUCAUUGUUGCCCCUAACGAUGCAAGUCCCAUGGACAAACUUGCACAUUCUGUUCUCGACGACCUAUUAUACAACAUCGUCCAUGAUCUCCUCAUCAAAGUGCACCGGGAUGAAAAGAUGGCCCGCGCCAACACAGCCGCGAUCAGAGUCGAGAAGCUGGCUUCGGAAGCCUCAGAUUCAUCGACACCGGACGCGAAACCAGAUGUACGCAUAGAAACCGAGGCAGCUAUCUACGAAGAUGGACAGGUCCUGUUGAAGGGCAACCCGUUGAAGACUACAAAGGAGAUCAUCUGCCCGCGAUGUCACCUCCCACGGCUGCUCUACCCGACCGACGGGAAAGGCGCGAAGAAGCCUGCGCCUGGCGUCGUCUACUGCAAAAAGCACCCCUAUAUUGAAAAGCCGGGGUUCGACAUCUACGGACAAACUUGGGUUGCUCCGGGGCCCGGACGAGGCAAGAAGAAGAAGGACAUGGAGAAGAAGCUGGAUGGCGACAGUGCCAAUUCUCCAGCAGCUGGAGCAGAAUCGAGUGCCAAGGACCGCCCUCCAAAUGUCCUCAGCUACCCAAGCGCCACUUGCUCGAAGUGCAAGCGGUGCAUCUUGGUGACGCGACUCAACAAUCACAUGGGAUCGUGCAUAGGCAAUAGCGGGCGUAAUGCAAGUAGGGCCGCAGCCCAGAAAAUUAGCAAUGGGGGGAGCAAUGCGGGCAGUCAGAAUAACGACAACACGCCGCCCGGUAGUCAAAAGGGAACACCACUGCCGGGCAGCCGUGCCGGGAGCCCUAGGAAACGCGAUGGCGAUGAGUUUGACGAAGAUGCGGACGAGUCAGAUCCCACAAACCCCAAGAAAAAGAAGCUCAAGCCGACUCCCCUGCCCAAGAAGGUGAUCUUGAAGACCAAAGCACCCACCAAGAAGGAAAAGGUCAAGAGCACAUCCAUGCUCAAUGUAGAACAGAAGGCCGAUGACGAGAUUUCGGCUGUGCAGGUGGCUCCAAAGAAGAGCACUCCAAAAGGGCCGUCGCCUGCCAAGAAAAUAAAGCCCAGCUCGAUACCAAAGCCAACGAUGCCAUCACCAGCCCCGAAGAAGAGCAAGAGAGAUCGUGACCUCGAGUCCGAAUCUUCCGGAACGUUGUCUUCGCCGCCACAGUGA